CUGGUGAGCUCAUUUAGGUAUGGGGAUGAUGAGAUCAAUGCAAGAUUGGCAAAAUCGAUCUGAAGCUAAUUCUUCAUGAGGCUAUCAAAGAAAAGAAAGGUCACCAUGAAGAAGUUAUCAGGAUCCUAGGUACAAGGAGCAAGACCCAACUUGUGGCAACUUUCAACCGCUUCAAAGAUGAAAAUGGCAGUUCUAUUAGUAAGAAACUGUAUGUUGGAGGAAACAUCUGAUGACUUCAAUAAGGCUGUCAAUGUUGCAAUUCAUUGCAUCAAUGAUCACAAGUACUAUGAAAAGGUUCUUCGAAAUGCAAUAAAAGGGGUUGGAACUGAUGAGGAUGGACUAACUCGUGUGUUUGUCACAAGGAUUACUGAGAAGGACCUGAAGGACAUCAAAGAGCUAUAUUAUAAGAAAAACAGUGGUCACCUAGAGGAUGCAGUGGCCAAGGAAAUCUCAGGUUACUACAAGAAGUUUCUCCUCACUUUGUUGGGGAAAGAAGGCUAAAAAAGCUAGGACUUGGUAUAAGGACAUGUCUUACAAUGGUUUUGUAUGAGAGUCAUAUUAGUGUCUCUGAUGUUGUCAUGAUCUCAUUUGGUUUCCCUUUUUUCCUUUUUUCUUUUUUUGAAUGUGUCCUAUAAUACUUGACAUUUCUCAAAGAAAAAGGACGAUAAAUUACAUGAGGAUGACGAAGAAUAAGUAAAAG